CUUGGUGGCGCCGGCGGCUCCGGCGCGAGCCCAGGGAUGGGCUCCAAGGCCAAGAAGCGCGUGGUGCUGCCCACCCGCCCGGCGCCCCCCACGGUGGAGCAGAUCCUGCAGGACGUGCGGGGCGCGCCGCCCGAGGACCCCGUCUUCAGCGCUCUGGCUGCGGAAGAGCCCGCAGACCCCCCCAGGAGGGCUGAGGACGCCGAUGCCCAGCGAGAGCAGCUCUACCAGCAGAGCCAAUCCUACGUGGACACCAAUGAACGGCUGCGGCAGGCAGGGGACAGGCUGAGACAGAAAUGCGCAGAACUGCAGCAAGCUGGCGAGGAACUGUGGCGGGACGUGGGCCAGGUGAAGCAGGCAGCAAUGCCGGGAGCCUCGUCCACCUCCUCAGGCUGACCUCGCCUGUGGGUCUGAGGCCGAGCCCAGUGCUUCUCACCUGGGGACCAAAUCACGCGCUGGCCCGGUUCAUCCGUCCUCCCGUUACACUGAGCAGGUGGGACUCACUCAGCCGGCUGUGUCCAUCUCUGUGGGAACCACAGGGCCUUCCCAAGGUUCUGGAAGAGGAUGGGGAGGAUGGCCACUCUGCAGUGAUUGUGACCCCUUCUCGCCCACGGUGGCUAUGGCUGUGAUCUGGGAAGGGGCCUCUGGGAGCAGGUAUCACCUCCUUCCUCAGACUGAGCACCUCAUGGGUCGCUGGUCCCAUGUCCUUCCCGUUUCAGAGCUCCUCCCACAUGCCACGUCAACCUUCACAACAACCCUGGGCAGCUGGGGUCACCAUUUCCACUUGUAGGUGAGAUGGGCUCAAACCAAGCUGACCCCCUACCCAGAGAAGCAGCAGCCCCUGAGACCCCAGAGGCCUCAGCCUGGACUCCUGCAGGGCUCAGCGUCUCCCUGGUUGAGAGGACGGUCAGUCACUCACCCACCCAGAGCCCUGGCUGGGGUUUUACACCUGGGGGGGAUGUGAGGGGUGGGGCAGGGGAGGAUAUUGAAAUGGGCUUUUCAUACUGAAAGGUAAAUCAAGCAGAAGGUGGUCCAGAAGCUGGGCCUGAGUGUCCCCGCUGAUAAAAUCCUUUUGCACCUGGCUGGCUCUCCUAAUGGUGCCUCUGCAGGGUCCUGGAAGCUCUGGGAGGAGUGAGCCCAGCCCACAAGGCAGGGCCCUGCUCAGAGCACUGAGUCCUGACCAAGAGCUAUGUGCAGGGAAUGUCCACCCAUCUGAUGUACAGAGGCCUGAGCCCUUAAAAAGGGGUACCUGCUUAAGCUUGAGACCCCCCAAACCAGAAACCGGACCUUGGGGGUUUUCCCAUUGGCCAUCUUCCCUGAAGCUUUGCUUUCUUGGCUAAGCAUAGACACCCCAGGGUACUGGGUAAGGUCCAUGCUGGGAGUCUGGCCACAGUGUCCUGGGUGACUGGUGUGGAGUUGGGGGAGGCAGGUGAGGCUGUGAUUCCAGAACUAAGGAGCCUGGCCCCUGCCCGCCCCUUUCCCCACCUCACGCCGCUUUGCUUCUUGCAAUGAAAGGCCCAGACGUCUUCGCUGCAUCCCAGGCUGGGGCCAGGGCUAUGCUCACUAGAAACGGCUUUGCCACAUGGGUCCCCCGGCCCAGCUCUGCCCUGCACAAACGUUGGCUCUAUUUAUGGUGGUGGAUGCUGUGGCUGCCCCAUUCAGGACUCCCUGGCUGGCUGGCAGUUGCCCUCCUGCCCCAGGUGCAAACACCCGGGUGGGGCCUCCUGACUGGGGCACUGUCUGUCCUCCCCCUCUGGAGCUCCCUGUAGGACCAGGCCAGAGUCAUCCCGCUGACCUUGCCCAGCCCCUGGCCAUGCCUGGGGUCCUGUUUGUGGGCAUGGACUCCAGGUGUCUAUUCAGCACAACGUUGUCACCCUGCUCCUGGCGGGAGUGAGGCUCCACAGUCAGCGUGGGGACCAGCGGUGACCACGUGAGGCCAUGCAGAGCCCUUCCCCGGCCCGUUGUGAACACAGGGGCUGCGGGUAGCAGGGGCGUUUCAGCAGCUCAGUUUAUUAAAGGUGCACCAGACGCCUGA